CCUCCUCCAGCACACCUUUGUGUUGUUUUCCUUGCCCCUCUUCCUUUCCCCUCCCUCUUCAGCCCCACUAGUUUUCCCUCUGCUCUGCCCUAUUUGCUCAGAGUGUGGUUAGUGUACGAGCUGCAGGCGUACAGGGCAAGAUGCUGCUGAUGCUACAGCUGUUUGGGCUCCAUGUCUCCUUCAGGGGCCACUGAAGAAGACAAGACUGCACGUGUGCCGAGGAGCUUCAACACAACACCCUGAGGAACCUACAACUAUCACUUUUUUUUUCCCUGUUACCCUCAUCAGCUGCAUUUAUAAGAAAAAAAUGAUGAGGACCAAGUUGUGUCAACUGGUUGCACAGUUCUUUCUCUUAGGCUUGUUGCUCUCUAUGGUGGACAGCAAGGGAACUUUCUAUGGAGGCCAUGUCAACCCUUUCUAUGGAAACAGAUACAACCUGUUCAAGGCUGGACUCAACCACCACCAUUUACAGAACAAGCCCAUGACCCGUCACAAGAACCACUGUGCCUACGUGGUCCAGAAGAACAUCACAUGUACCAUGCAGGAUGGAGUGGCUACCUAUGUGAAGGCUGAGUACACCACCAAGUGCAUCUGGGGUCAGAAGUGUCCCGUUGUCAUGUACAGGACAUUCUACAAGCCAAAGUACAAGGUUGGUUUUAAGACAGUGACUGAGCUGGAGUGGAGAUGUUGUCCUGGCUACUCUGGAGAAAACUGUUAUGAUGGACCCACGUCAUUGCCUGACGUCAUUCCACCUUUCAAGGGUGCUGGUUUGCCCCAUCGCCCAGGAAUGAAGGGCUUCCCACAUGGCCCUAGGCCCACCGUGGACCAGAAGCCUGGAGGAGCCCAGCUAGAGCCAGGCAAACCUUUGCCUAGUGUGCCUGACAACAGACCAAUACCCACAGGACUAUUGCCUGCUGGGAACGGAAAACCAAACUAUGGAAACAAAUUUGGGAUUUCUGGACUGACUGGUGAACGUUUGGACCGUAUGGAGGAGGACCUGCGUCGCCUCACCCAGGGUCUAGACACUCUCAACGGGGUGGUGGCCGGCCUCGAGGAGCGAUUGCGUACAUCCCUCCGAGAAGAUACCAACAAAAUCCUGGUGUCUCUGCAGCCCAGUGGUCCCCAUGUGCCUGACUCUACAACUGGAUUUGGGGUGAUCCCAGAUGGGACUCCUGAUGGACUGGAAGGAGGAGAAAGCUUCACUGGAUUUGGAGACUUAGCAGGGAGAGUGACAGAAGUGAGGGAUGAGCUGCGAGCCAAGUCACACAUCUUAGAGGAGAUUCGGGGAAUGGUCCUGGGUCAUGAUGGCCAGCUGAAGAGGCUGCUGGAGGGAGCUAGAGGCAGGCCUAUCCCUAGCCCUGGCUCCACUACUCAUCUUGACGAGAUCCUGGACGCCAAGUUGGCUGGCGUGCGGGCUGAGAUCCUUGACGGCUUUGAACGGCGUCUGACAAGUCUGGAGAGCCACUGUGACAGGAAGAUUGGGGAGGUGCAGAGGCAGUGCCACAGGGACCACAUGGACGGCCAGGAGCAGAUGCAACAGUCUUUGGAUGGAAGGGAGACUGAGCUCAGGGAGGAAUUGGGCUCUUUGCAGUCUCAGAUCCAGGGCCUAACUCUUACUGAGAGCUGUUGUGGACAGGUAAACAGCCUGUCCCAGCGUGUACUGCUGCUGGAGGAGUCAGUGAAAGGUUUGACAGAAUCACAGAGACUGCUCCAGACUGCCCUCACUGACCAGAGCAUCCACGUGGAGACACUGAUUGAGACCCGUCUGGUGGACAUAGAAGGCCGCCUCAAUGCCACUGAGGGUGGACCUGAUGGAAUAGGAGGGCUCCCUGGUGGUCUGGAUGGCUUCAAGACAGUGUUGGAGGAUAAGUUGAAGAUGCUGGAGGAGAGAGUGUUUGUGGCUGUGGAGGAGCUGAGUAACGCCACGGCCCCUGCACUCUUGGAGGGCCAGGUGGUCCCAGCACUGGAGACAGAGAUUGAGUCUGUGAGGAGGAGAGUGGAGGGAGACAUGGACAGCAUUCAAAAACAGCUAGUAGACCUGGAGCUCCUCUGCACCUCCUCCUGCUCACCCCCCAGCCCACCAGCAGGGGGUGUCAGUGUCACUGAAUUGGAGGAGGAGUGUGAAGGGAUGGAGAAAAAGAUGACCGUCCGCCUGGACUCCCAUUCUAACCAGCUGAACCACAUAAACAACACCCUGCAGAACCUUCUCUUCAGGAUUGCCCAGGAGGACACAGAGGGCACCGUCCAGGGAGAGAUCACCCUGCUGAAGGUGAACAUCAACUCCGUGAACCGCACUCUGAAGGGCCUAAAGGAUUCUAUUAGCUUCAUUGCAAGUGAAGUGGGCCACGCUAACGCCACCUGGGAGCAGAGAGAGCACCAGCUAUUCAACCAGGUGCAAGGAAUCACCAAACUCGUGGGCCACCAAGCCUCACUCCUGGGGGCCGGGGAGAGGCGGCUGGCCCAGCUGAAGGGGGAACUAGUGGCUUUGAAGAGACGUCUGGCCGGGGAGCUGCAUGGCUGCAGGAGCACAGCGAUAGAAGUACAGAAAGAGGUGAAGGACUUUGAUAGCAGGGUGAGCCAGGUAGAGGGCCAGUGCAGCAGCCUGGGGGAGCUGGCAGAGCACCUGGAAAGGAUCAGGGCAGAGCUUGAAAGACACUCAGACUCGUACCUCGCCCAGGUGAAUGGCACCCUGGCCAUCCAUUCAGAACAGCUAGCUGAGCUGAAAGGAGAGUCAAAGACUGCGUGGCCAAGAAAGCAGCCAACUAAAAAGGAGACCAGUAGCAUCUGAGCUACAGAAAUUUUUAAAAAGAGACUUAAUGUGUCCUUUUCAUUAGGCUCAAGUGACUUCCUCUGCUUCUCUCCUCUUUUUUUCAAAUCCCAUCUGCACAGAUGCAAAUUAACUGAACGGUGAAAGUCAUUUCCCAUAAGCUCCCUGGCCCAGUGCCUCCAGAUGUCCUGGGUAUUUAGUUUAGUGAAGUGAGGAGAAGCAGACACAGAAUACAAAGACACACCUAUGGUUGCAUAGCUGGGCAAUAUGUUCCCCUGAGAUUUUAUUCUAUAGGGCAUUUGUUUUUUUGUUUGUUUGUUUUUUCUGUUUUCUUUGAUCAUGAUAAUUUUGUUUUCAUAUUUUACAUUUUAACUUAUAUGAAGUGACUGCAUUGUUAUGAUGAUAAACUGUUUGUAUUAGAGAAAUAAUAACAAAACAAAGCAAAUGAUAUGGGACUAAAACGCUGUUACGGGUUUCUACUGCACACUCAACAUCCUCCUGGUGGACACUUGUCUGGUCUUUUUAAAUAAUACUGUAUGUCAACUUGGUGCUAUCUACAUUUCUGUAAACUCCUGUGUUCCAAAUGUUUAAAAAUGGCAGUGCAUAUUUUCUUUGACAGUUUUUUUUGUUGCCUGCCAUAUUGCUCCAAGUUGCACAGAAGUUCCAUAAUUCACCAUUGGGGGGUAGUGACAACACAUUACAUGGCAUGGUAGAUGGAAGAGUAAUAAAAUCUAAAACACUCGAGGGCUGUCCUAUGAAUGGUAGUGCUUUUUAGACACAAUUUUGACUAAGUAGGUCUUUUUUCAAAAUUAAUGUGGGUUGUUGGUUAUUUUCUGACAGGCAAUUCAUCAGUUCAAUUCAAUUCAACUUUAUUUAUCCCUGUAAGGAACUGUAUGCAGCAGCUAGCCUGUGAAGUUAAUGUGGAGUCUAUUACAGAGCUAUUUGGAGUUUAUAUUGUAGAAUGAUCAGCAAUCCCACAUUUCUUUGUGUUUUUAUAAAUGGACAAAAUUAACUCCAUACUUCAUUCCCAUUUAUUCUGUGCCAACAAAUACACACAAGAAAUAGCAGAGGAAAAACGCACUGCUUUAAAUCUACCAAAUCUAUCAAAAAUUGUGACCAUAUCAAUGUACUAUGGCACCAUGUUUGGUAAUAGCUAUCAGAAUAAAGUAUGUGAUGUCUUCGGAGGCAAGCUGAAAUUCCUUAUUAGUACACAGAAUCUGAAUGGUCACAGAAUUUGCUGUAACACCACAAUGACUAUUAUUUCUACAGCUAGAUAAAGCAUAUCGACAUCUUGAAGACAGAAAUAAAAAUUAACUUGCCAAGAUGUGGUCAGAUGAGCCCAAUAUGAUCCUCAAUGUCCUUAUGAUGUGUAGGU